AGGGUCCUCUCUGCUCAUUGGAACCAGCUGCCCUCCUCACUCCCUGGCUCCAGCUUAGAAGUGAUAAAUAUUAAGAGGACUUGGGUGGGGGACUGGGGAGCAUUGGGGGUACAAAGAGGGCCUGGGGUGAGACUGCCCAACCCUGAGCACUGGAGAUCAAGGGACAGACAGCACAGCUGACACACUGAUGACCUUUCCCCUACAUUUGGCUAUUUUUAGCUCUAAUGCCGCCACCCUCACGUGAGACCCUUUGGCCCCCCCCCCAGGUUCCCAGACCUUUGAGCAAUCUUGGGCUUGCAGAAACCCGACCCCCCCCCCAUUUCCACCACCGAGGGGAGGGGAUUCUGGUUGCCGCCCCCCAUCUGUUUUCUCAACCCAAAUUUGGGAGUGGGUGUCAGGUUCCCAGUGAGGGCGGGGCGGGGAUGGUCAGUCCUGAAGGACGUGGGGACACGGGCCAGAGCGACUGGCCCCAGACGCGGACAGGAGCAAACCCAAGCCGUGAGUGGAGUGGGGGGCAGCACAAGGCUACCUACUUUUCUCGGAGUCCUGGGGCGGUGCACGGGGCGAGGUGCCAGCCAACCCCCAGGAUGGCGGAAGCACACCAAGCCGUGGCCUUUCAGUUCACGGUGACCCCAGAUGGGGUCGACUUCCAGCUCAGUCGGGAGGCCCUGAAACACGUUUAUCUGUCCGGGAUCAACUCCUGGAAAAAACGUCUGAUUCGCAUCAAGAAUGGCAUCCUUAGGGGUGUAUACCCUGGCAGCCCUACCAGCUGGCUGGUUGUCAUCAUGGCAACAGUGGGUUCCUCCUACUGCAACGUGGACAUCUCUAUGGGGCUAGUCUGUCAUAUCCAGAGAUGCCUCCCUGAGGGAUGUGGCCCCUACCAGACACCGCAGACCCGGGCACUUCUCAGCAUGGCCAUCUUCUCCACGGGGGUCUGGAUGACGGGUAUCUUUUUCUUCCGCCAAACCCUGAAACUGCUUCUUUCCUACCACGGUUGGAUGUUUGAGAUGCAUGGCCAGACCAGCCACUUUACCAAAGUCUGGGCUAUCUGUGUCCGCCUUCUGUCCAGCCGGCGGCCCAUGCUCUACAGCUUCCAGACAUCUCUGCCCAAGCUUCCCGUGCCUAGUGUGCCGGCCACAAUUCAGCGGUACCUGGAAUCUGUGCGGCCCUUGCUGGAUAACGAGGAAUAUUACCGCAUGGAGAUGCUGGCCAAGGAAUUCCAGGACAAGACUGCCCCUCGGCUGCAGAAGUAUCUGGUACUCAAGUCGUGGUGGGCAACUAACUAUGUGAGUGAUUGGUGGGAAGAGUACAUCUACCUCCGAGGCAGGACCCCCCUCGUGGUGAAUAGCAACUAUUAUGUCAUGGACUUUGUGCUCGUCAAGAACACAGAUGUGCAGGCAGCCCGCCUGGGAAACAUCGUCCAUGCCAUGAUCAUGUAUCGCCGUAAACUGGACCGUGAAGAGAUCAAGCCUGUGAUGGCCCUGGGCAUGGUGCCUAUGUGCUCCUACCAGAUGGAGAGGAUGUUCAACACCACCCGCAUCCCAGGCAAGAAGACAGACGUGCUGCAGCACCUCUCGGACAGCAGACAUGUGGCCGUCUACCACAAGGGCCGCUUCUUCAAGGUGUGGCUCUAUGAGGGCUCCCGCCUGCUCAAGCCCCGAGACCUGGAGAUGCAGUUCCAGAGGAUCCUGGAUGAUCCCUCCCUGCCUCAGCCCGGGGAGGAGAGGCUGGCGGCCCUCACUGCGGGGGGAAGAGUGGAGUGGGCGCAGGCACGCCAGGCCUUCUUUGGCUCUGGCAAGAACAAGGCUUCUCUGGAUGCCAUCGAACGUGCUGCUUUCUUCGUGGCCCUGGAUGAGGAGUCUCACCACUACGACCCUGAAGACGAGGCCAGCCUCAGCCUCUAUGGCAAGGCCCUGCUGCAUGGCAACUGCUACAACAGGUGGUUCGACAAGUCUUUCACUCUCAUCUCCUUCAAGAAUGGCCACGUGGGCCUCAACACAGAACAUGCGUGGGCAGACGCCCCUAUCAUAGGGCAUCUCUGGGAGUUUGUCCUAGGCACUGACACCUUCCACCUGGGCUACACGGAGGCUGGGCACUGCAUAGGCAAAUCGAACUCCAUGCUGGCACCUCCUCAGCGGCUGCAGUGGGACAUUCCUGACCAGUGCCAGGCAGUCAUCGAGAGUUCCUACCAGGUGGCCAAGGCACUGGCAGACGACGUGGAGUUGUACUGCUUCCAGUUCUUGCCCUUUGGCAAAGGCCUCAUCAAGAAGUGCCGGACCAGCCCUGACGCCUUUGUGCAGAUCGCCCUGCAGCUGGCUCACUUCCGGGACAGGGGCAGGUUCUGCCUGACCUAUGAAGCCUCGAUGACUAGAAUGUUCCGGGAGGGACGGACCGAGACCGUACGUUCCUGUACUAGCGAGUCCACAGCCUUUGUUCAGGCCAUGGUGGAAGGGACCCACAUGAAAGCACACCUCCAAAAUCUCUUCCGGAAAGCUUCUGAAAAGCACCAGAAUAUGUACCGCCUGGCCAUGACGGGGUCUGGGAUUGACAGGCACCUCUUCUGCCUCUACGUGGUCUCCAAGUACCUGGGGGUCAGCUCUCCUUUCCUGGCUGAGGUGCUCUCAGAACCCUGGCGCCUCUCCACCAGCCAGAUUGCUCAAUUCCAGAUCCGCAUGUUUGACCCAGACCAGUACCCCAAUCACCUGGGCCCCGGCGGUGGCUUUGGCCCUGUAGCAGAUGAUGGCUAUGGGGUUUCCUACAUGAUUGCAGGAGAGAACACCAUCUUCUUCCACGUUUCAAGCAAGUUCUCAAGCUCAGAGACGAUGGCUGAUUCUGACCCUGGGGAAAGAAACUAUGACAACAUGCUAAAAAUGCUGUCAGACCUGAAUAAAGACUUGGAAAAGCUAUUGGAAGAGAUGGAGAAAAUAUCAGCAAGCCACGAGAUUGGGACAUUGUCUGUCCUUUACAGAUGAGGAGACUGAGGUUAGUAAGUUUAAGUAACUUGUUCUCGGUGACACAGCUAGCAAGUGGAGAGCUGGGAAGAAAACUCUGCUCUGACUCCCAGGUCCAUGCUCCAUGAACCUGCUGGCAGGUGGUCUGAAGGGAUGGUCUGCAGGCUCCCUCCACCAGAAUUAUCCAGAAGAUGCAGGUUCCUGGGCACCAUUCCCAACCUGCUGGACAAGAUCUUCUUUGAGUUGUGAGAGGUGCCAGCAGUCUACAUUUUAACAGGUGUUCCAAGUGACUCUCCAGCUUCCAAAAGUUCAAUAAUUCCUGUACUACCUAUAUAGUCGUAUUUCCUGUAUUUGUUGAGAUAUUGUACAUACCUUUUCUAACAGGUUUUCCCUAGCCAAACAGAUGUUACUUUCUGUAAAACUUCGAGUGUGCCACGCUGCUGACCUCAGUUGUGUGUAGAUAUACAUGUACAUUUAUUGUUAAUCAUUCUGCCUAUCCCUUCUUUGGUUAAUUUCCUUGAGGACAUAGUUUUCCAAAGUAUCCAGUAUUUCUUAGCCCAGAAAAGAGGAUUUUUUUCUUCUUCUCUCCAAAGCGCCCCCCACCCCUACC